AUGCUAUAUGUCUUUUGUUCCACAAUCACAAAAGCAUUCCCGAAUCCAGGUGGGUUCGAGGAGUCACCCACCGGCUGCUACACCCACGCCUCCGACAUCGUCUUCGUCAUCGACUCCUCCUUCAGCAUCCGCGCCCACGACUUCCAGCAGCAGUUGACCUUCCUGAAGGGCGUGGUCGACCGCUUCCACGUCGGCCCCAACCACAUUCAGGUGGGGGUCAUCUCCUUCGGCUCGUCCGUCAGCGUCAACAUCAAGCUGAACGAUUUCACCGACUCCCGCAGUCUGAAGAUCGAGAUCGGGAUGAUCCCGCAUCUUGAGGAUGGGACCAACACCCACGAAGCCAUCAAGUUCACACACACUCAUAUGUUUCAACCCAGCUACGGGGGCCGCCCCUGGGCUAAGCACAUUAUGGUUUUAAUCACAGACGGGCUGUCACAAAACACCAGUCGUACCUUAGCCGAGGCGUCGAUGGCGAAGAUGAAGAAUAUCGAGAUUUUUUCCGUGGGGGUCGGAAACGGUUUGGAUGAUUUUGAGAUCAAGAGCGUUGCCAGUGAGCCUAAGGCGGAUCACUUGUUUACUGUGGAGAACUUCCAUGCUCUGAAGGGGAUCGAGAAGGCUUUAAGCAGUGCUGCUUGUGACGGUGAGUUAUGGUAACCUUUACUAUAUUUGGUGUCAUCUUGCCGUCAAAACGUGGCCGAGGUUGUAUUCUUGAUGGACAGUUCCAGCAGUAUCUGGAAGCCACACUUUGAUGCCCAGAUCAGGUUCAUACAAGAGGUUGUGUCCAGUUUUCAAGUCAGCCCUGACGCCACCCGUAUCGGCGUCGUGGCUUACAGUGACUCCCCCAUGACGCUCGUCUCCCUGACGGACGAACAGACCAACGAGAACAUCCACCAGGUCCUAGCCAACGCCCCCUACCUGACCGGGGGCACGAACACAGCCGGCGCCCUGGAGCACGUCAGAAGGAAACUAUUCUCCAGCGCGAACGUACGAGAGAACGUCGCUCGCGUCGUUGUCAUCCUCUCUGACGGGGACUCCAACGACGUGGCCGCCACCAAGAGAGAGGCGGCCAAGGCUCACGAGGAAGGCGUUCAGAUUUUCGCCAUCGGGAUCGGUACGAAACCGGAAGCGGAAGAGCUGAUGGCGCUGGCCAGUGACCCGGAUGAUAAGUUCGUGUUUCACGUGGACAACUUCACGGCGCUGUCGGAGAUAAGAGAGCUGCUGGCCAUCAAAGCCUGCGACGAUCCAAGUUGCCCAGAGCAACCAACCGACGCCAUCUUCAUCUACGACCGCGCCGCCAUCAGCGUCGCCCAUCAUCCUUUCGUCAUCAGCGUCAUCUCCGCCGUCACCAAAACGCCGGGACUCAGCGACAAGGAAACUGUGGUUCGGGAGCUGCUCUCCGACAUCGAGCUGACCAACCAGUGGACGAAGACGAAUUUCAAAAGCGAGCUGGACCUGGAUUCCAAGAAAGCCGGCAUCGACGUUCUGCUAUGGAAGGUGGGGCAGAAUUACUUCAACCCUGUCGUCUCCUUCGACUCCGCGUCACACCGACGGGUGGUGGUGGUGUUCUUGGACUCGGUUCUAGAGAACCGGAUACGGACUUUAAUCCGGGCGGGUCAGCUCAAGAGGUCAAAAGUAAAGAUCGUCGUCGUCACGCUGGGGACUCACACGAAAAAAUCGCAGGUGGACAUCCUGGCGUCGCUGCCUUCUGAACAUUACGUCAUCAACGUGCCGCAGGUGAAGGAGCAUCACCACAAGGAGGUGGCCCAGAGAACUCUUGUCUUUCCCUCUGCGAGUCUUAGAGCCGCCCUCGGUGCAGAUUCAAACUCCAGUAUUCUAUUUAUUCCAGCCUGUUACUGCUGUUACGUGAUAAUAUGA